AAGACUACUGGUGAUGGUACUAAAACAAAACCUAGUGCUCUUUUCUCUUUAGCAAUUAAAUUAUUUUUAGUAUAUCCUUAUGCUGCGAGAACAAAAAAUCUUGAGUCAAUGGUAAAAAUAAGUUCUUAUUUAAUGUCAAAUGCUAAACAAGAGUUACAUUAUUAUGGAUUUGAUUUGACAGAAGAAGAAAUACAAACUGUCUUUCAAGAUAUUACUUUCUUUUCUGAGGUUAAUAACAAAGAGAAUUCUGAUAAUUCUGAUAAUUCUGAUGAUUUAACAGAUUUUGCAAAUCUUAUUGAUCCCGAAAUUGAACAUCAAGACUUAAAACUUGAAAAUUUUAUAGAAUUAAAUAAUGUAGAACAAGAUUGA